UUAAAAAAAUCCAAAAUGAUAACGAGGCAUAUCAUUAGCGUUACGUGGAGGGUAGCAGGCAGUAGGGCACGCCACGCAUGUGGCGCGGUGCCGGCGCAUCUGGUGGCGGGAGGGGAGCCGCGGGGGCUAAAAUUAGUGCCGAGCGCCACGUGCGUCUACCAGUCCGCGCUCGACCUCCACCACGAACGCUCGCCGCCCGGGCCCUCCGUGUUUACAAGUUACAAGUUUACCACCGCCACAGGUAACCGAGUCCCAGCGCUUCGCGCAGUGUUAGUGCACCCAGUGACCGUGGCCGUCGCGACGGAGGCAGUUCAAGGAAUGCUCAUGGCGGGCGCGCUGCCUGCCGAGCCGGAGGGGCUGCUGGCGUUGAGCGCGCUCCCUGGACAGAAGGACACCACCUGGACGAAACUCUUCGUUGGGGGGCUGCCCUACCACACCACAGACAAGAGCUUGAGGGAGCAUUUUGCGGUUUAUGGAGACAUCGAGGAGGCAGUUGUUAUCACGGACCGGCAAACCAGUAAAAGUCGAGGAUAUGGAUUUGUAAUAAUGGGCGACCGGUCAGCAGCAGAACGGGCGUGUAAGGAUCCCAACCCGAUCAUUGAUGGGAGGAAAGCCAACGUCAACCUAGCCAUCCUCGGGGCCAAGCCCAGAGGGAACCUCGCGCCAGGUUUCGGUUUGGCGGCGGCGGCAGCCGGCGUGCGCGCCGGGUACCCGACAGUGCUGCCCACUCCGUACGGGUUGUCUCCGGGAUACGUGUACGGCACGCCGGGGUACACGAUGGGCGCGAUGAGCGGCGUCGGCGCGGGAGUAACGUCGGGCGCCGGCGGGCUGGUGCAACUGCCGCAGUUGCAGCAUGCCGCCGCCAUGGCCGCUGCGAACCACCUCUACGAGUACCAGGCGGCGGCCGCGCAGGGCGCCGCGGCGUAUCAGCAACAGUACGCGGCCGCAGGAUUCGACCCAUACGCUACAGCAGCCGCAGCAGCGGCGGCAGCAGCUAGCGGAGCCGGCUACAUGUCGCCUUACUACGCGCUGCCCAGCGGAGGAGUGCAAGCUCCUCUUCUGCCGCCCCUCUCCUACCCUCCACAACUUCAAGAAGCACGCAUGCAGUAACCAAUGAAAAAAGCAGUGGCUAAACUAUGUCAACAUUGCCCCAGAACAUUUUAAGAUCUGACCCAAAAUUAGUCUUUGGAUAUCUUAUUAAGGCUAGUGGAUUAAUAAAUUUAUAUAUUUGACAGGGUUGCAAUUUAGCCAUGGAAAUGACGACGUAGGAUUUUAAAAUGUGAUGAAAUGAUGAUAGGUAAAUAUGGCUGAGAAAAUACACUUAGCGUUCCUGUUUUGGAAGAACGAAUAUUAGGGAAUCAUAGUGCCUAUCUAUAGUAUACUAUACUUAGGUUAUUACAAAAGUUAUGAAGUGAAUAAAUGAGGUCGAACGGUCCGUUUGUUACCACAGGAAAGCCAAAUAUUUAGACUAAACGUUAAACAAUUUCUUGUACCAAUAGAAAUUGGUGUCAACCAAAAAUAAGCGACGACCAAAGCUGUGAGCUUUUAGUAGGAUUAAGAUGGCUGACGGUAUAUCCACCAACCGGACGUCGGCGUGUGGCGGCGGUCUAUCUGAUGUAUUAUACGUAGCUAUGUAAAACAAAGCUCUUGCCUGAUUCAUUCAUUCUUCCUGACAUCACAUAAUGUAAAUCAUAUUUCCUAUUUUUUAUACUUGAUAGAUUAAUUAGAUAUACACCUCUAGGUACAUUUUCCAUCAUAUUUUAAUACGAUUGUAUAAUCUUACCCAUUAUAAUUACUACACACUUUAUUUCAACUUACGUAUCAGCUGUUAAAUGACAAUAAAAUAUGCUAUACUAUUAUUAUCAUCGAAUAUUAUAUUGCAGCUUGUGAGAUAAAAGGUCUUACCAAAAUAUUGCGAUAUAUUUUUACUGUAAGGCAGCUAACGUCUUCAAAUUAUAUUAUGUACUUCCUGAUUUAAUACAUGUUUACACAUAUAUUUUACGUAGAUACCUUCAUCACUUAUCAGUAAAAUACCCAAAUACAUAAUUGAUAUUGUAGAUGUGACAAAUAUAGUGACCAUAAUCGUAUUAAGAGUUUUGGUAACUCCUCUUAUUGUUAUAUCCAAUAAAUAAUUAAGUGUUAUACUAGCUUCCAACCCAUGCUGCAAUAAUGCACGUAGGUAUAAGGUAAAUAAUUUAACACGGUCCGAUAUAAUCUGAGGCUAUUAAAAUGAAAUGGCUUUGUAACUCAACUGCAUGUAUUGCAGUCGUAAAAAAUAUUACUUAUGAUGGAAAGGACAUAUGAACUGGGCCUAUUUUAGCGCUGGAAAACUAUUAAAAUAACAGUGUACUUAACAUGAAUAAAUAUGUUCUUUUAAUUGUAUUUAUGUAGACAUAUAAAGACCUACUUACAUUUUUAAAUGUAAUGCUUAUCUAUGACUUACCAAAGCUAAUGUCAUUUUCAAGCACUAGUUAAUAUAGUUUAUUCGGGUAGGUAGUUUCCAGCAGUUCUAUGGACUUAAGAAUAAAGAUCGAACGUUAUGGUUAAGGAUCCCACAGUUGUACAGAACAAUUGGGAAGUACCUGCUUAUAUUGUGUAGCUUAGAAUAGUAAAGCCUAAAACUUCCAUGACCAUUGGUGGUGAUCGUUCUUUCACUCGGUUGUUGUAAAUGCGACAUGUGGAAAUAUAUGCACUUUGGCAAUAAUAAUGAAUCGACUCCAUAAAUUCAGGUUUCUAGGCUUUGAUAUUCUUGGCUUACGUAGGUCUACGACACGACAUGUCCACGUUGCUCAAUACGCCCAACGAGGGCUCGGUUUAGGGUUAAGGAGAGCAAUAAACUUAUUAAAUGUUAUUAAUAAGGUUAAUGUAAUGGAAGUUCUCGGAAACGUAAUUUCUUGUACUUGCCUCUUCGUAAUGUAGGGUUCGUUCUCCAAGGCGGUAGAGAGUACUUACUAGUUAGAAUAAUUCAAUGACUAGUCCAUAUAACGUUAUAUUAAUGAAUUUAAAUGUCUGCCGGCCUACUUCCUAACUGUAUGUAUUUACAACUUUAUAAUUUAUAACGCAGAUGAAAAUAGAUAACUAAAUAAAUUUGUCAUGUUGAAUAUACUUUAACAAUCCAUAUUGACUAUGAAAAACAUUGUCUUUUAUAAUUAUUAUAUUUUGUAAUGAUCAUAGUAUUUUAAAAUAAAGAUAGGUAUAUCAAAUUUAAAGUAAAGUUGGCCGGUGACUUAGUACAAGUUAGAAGCACUAGACAUAGGUAUAGAUCACUGAAUCGUAGUCUGUAAGAAUAAUUUUAAUUAUUGUAAUAUGCUGUUAUUCGUAAUUUAUUUUGUUGAUAUUUGUAAAUCUACACGUUGAUAACUAUUUAUUAUGUGGAAGAGUAAUAAAAAUUGUUGAAUAUUUAGGCCGAAUCGAAUGACUAAUCACAUGCGUCUGAGCACCAGCCAGGUUCGGCCCUAUAAUUAUAUACGAAAUGUACACAAUAUACAUUAUAAUUUAAGUAGAUUUUAACUAUUAAAUGCAUACCAAAUAAAAUAUUGAAACACGUUAGCCAUAGCGGUGGCCAUCUUGCCUUAUAUAUAGACUACAUAAUACAUAGUUUAUAAUAAAUACUAUACAUAUUACAUAUCCAUACAAGUAGGUAUACCUACCUGCAUAUAUUAUUUUCUAAAGUUUCUGGGCUCGUCACGCCAAACUGUCCACUAUAGUGCAUUUCAUUCACAGUAAUUUAAGCACAAUAUUUAUGUAUUAUGUAUGUACGGUAAAUGUGAAAUCAUAAUAAAAUCUUAAUAAUUGUUAUCAUUAAUUUAAAAUUAUACUAUAAUGUACUUAAUAUAGGAUAAACCUAAAAUGAAAAAUUAAAUCUUAAGGGACAAA